AUGCUGCUAGGCACCUCUGGGUGGGCAGGCAUUGCCGCCUCGUUGCUUCUCUUCUCCCCGCAAUGGACCGCCGCGGCACCAACCCGAGAUGAUGUUGACCACAAGGGGAACGCUCUGGGUCCGCGAGCCGACGACGACUGGCAUUGGGUGGCCACGUGGACGUCGAUGCCGCAGCUAGUUGAGCAGAGCAACAUGCCUCCCUCCCCCUUCGUAAGCAGCCGGUGCCCGAGUCCUGGUAUCCAAGCUGAGGAUCACCGCGGCGGUGUCUUCAAGGAUGCCACCCUCCGCCAGACGCUUCACCUCUCUGUCGGCGCCGAGCGGUUACGCAUCCAAAUUAGCAACACCUUCGGCGGCAGCGACCUGCCCAUCACGGCCGCCACGAUCGCCCUGCCCACAGGCGACAAGCCCGGCUCCGCCAGCAUCGACACCUCCACCCUCAAGCCGCUCACCUUCAACAACGGUUCGACCUCCAUCACCAUCCCCCGCGGACAGGUUGCCUACACCGACCCGAUCGACUUCUCAGUCGCCGCGCAGGCCAACAUCGCCGUGACGCUCUACUCCCAGCCGGGGCAGUCCGGCAGCAGCAUCACCGGCCACCCGGGGAGCCGCACGACCUCGCACAUGCAGGCGGGCAACCACGCGAGCGCAGCCACCCUCUCCGGCGGCAGCAGCACCAAGCACUGGUACUUCCUCAGCGCGGUCGAGGCGUGGUCACCGCCCACCACCGGCGCGCUGGUGGUCCUCGGCGACAGCAUCAGCGACGGGCGCGGCAGCACCGACGACGCCAACAACCGCUGGCCCGAUCUCCUCCUGGCGCGGCUGCAAAAGGCCUCCUCCUCCUCCUCGCCGUCGGGAACCAACCUCUCCCAAAUCGCAGUCGUCAACGAAGCGGCGGGCGGCAACGCAGUGCUCUCGGGGGGGCUGGGGCCGACGCUGCUGUCGCGGUACAAGCGGGACGCGCUGCAGGUGGCGGGGGUGCGGUGGGUGCUGGUGUUCGAGGGGGUGAACGACAUCGGCGGGGCGGCGACGGACGCGGGCACGCAGGCCGGGGUGGCGAGCCGGCUGGAGCAGGCGUUCGCGCAGAUCGCGCGGGACUGCAAGGCGGCCGGGCUGCGCACGAUCGGCGCCACCAUCACGCCGUUCGGCGGCAGCGGCCAGGCGUACUCGAACCCGACGCGCGAGCAGACCCGCGAGAAGGUCAACGACUGGAUCCUCACCAGCGGCACGUUCGACGAGACGGUCGACUUCGCCGCGAUCGUGGCCGACAAGUCCGUCAAGAGCCAGCUGGCGAGGCAGUAUGAUAGCGGCGAUCACUUGCAUCCCAAUGUGGCGGGCUAUCAGGCCAUUGCGGACGGGUUUCCGCUGGAUGUGUUUCAGUGA